GCAUUCAAGCUUGACUAUUAGGCAAAGUAAUUUCACAGUGACAGAUUGCAAGGCUAGUAUACUGGUUAAGUUUUGUGAGGGCAGCUCUACGUGCACAGUGGUAGGGUUCAAUGAGCACCAUAAUCAUCCGUUUGUUGAGCGUUUCAAUCGUGACCUAAGUAGGACUUCAAGGAAACUACCAUUUGCAUCCAAAUAGUUUAUCCAUAACAUGAGUUUGAACAGAAUUGGUCCGAUUGUUUCUCACAGAGUUUUAGUGUCCCUGAUGGGUGGACAUCACAAUGUACGUGGCACGCCAACUGAUUUUAAGAACUGGAGCCAGUCGGUUAGGCUUUAUAUUGGCGAUCGUGAUGCGCAACUUGUUAUAGAUCGUCUCAAAGAAAGAUCCGAGAGCUUACCAGACUUUUACUAUGAGUUUGUUGUUGAGAAAGGGCAAUUGAGAUCGAUUUUUUGGGAAGACGAAAUUUCCAAGAUAAACUACGAGGUGUUUGGGGAUGUGUUAGCUUUUGAUGCGACUUAUCACACUAACAAGUACAACAUGAUUUUUGUUCCUUUCACAGGCGUUGAUAAUCAUAAACAAUGUGUGACAUUCGGUGCUGGCUUGUUAUUCAACGAAACCACUGAGUCUUACAAGUGGUUACUUGAAUCAUUUCUGAAGGCACACAAGAAGCAACCAAAGCUAGUUCUGACGGACCAGGAUCCUUCAAUGAAAGCUGCCAUUUCAGAGGUUUUCACAGACUCUCGGCACCGCCUUUGCAUGUGGCAUAUUAUGAAGAAACUUCCCACCAAGAUUGCUGGAGACUUGUUUCAAAACUCUGAGCUAAGAGCAUUGAUGCAUCGUUUGGUGUGGAGUAUUCACAUGAAGCCAUCUACAUUUGAGACGCGGUGGCAACUUUUGAUGGAGGAAUAUGGGUUACAAGAUCACGACUGGUUGAAGGACAUGUACUCAAUUAGGGACCAAUGGGUACCUGCCUACUUCCGUGACAUCCCAAUGUGUUGUUUGAUGAAGACUACAUCAAGAUGUGAAAGCUCUAACUCAAGCUUCAAGGUCAACUCUUCUAGUGCUAACACACUAGUUCAGUUCAUGCUAUGUUACGAGACUAGGAUAGACAAUCAGCGUUACAAGCAACGCGUUGCAGAGUUUAAAACUUCAUCUAGUGUAUUCAUGGACAGUACUGACCUAGCUAUUGAGAAGCAUGCUUUUGAGUUGUAUACACAUGCAAUUUCUACGGAAGUAAGAAAAGAGAUAUACAAGGGGAAGCUGUUUUGUUACAUUGUAAACACGGAGGAUUGUGAGGAAGGUUGUGUUUACUAUGUGAAUCAUUUGGACAAACGUAACAAUGCAACCAACACAUUUACGGUUAUACUUGAGUUGAGUAACCAGUCGGUAUCCUGUUCAUGCAACAACUUCAUCCGUAUUGGAUAUUUGUGUAGGCACAUUUUUUGUGUUUACCGGGUAAACAAUAUUGAAAGAAUCCCGGCGCAGUAUGUUGUUAAGCGUUGGACUAGGGACGUGCUUCCUAAAAGUUUAUUUUCUAUUGAGAGUCGAUAUGGCGUUGACACUCGUCCACAAGCUGCUGCUAGAAGUCAGAUCCUUGAGAUCGUAACUGAAUGUGUGGACGCAUUAAGAAGCGAUGUUGGAGGACUUUCCUCGUUCGCUGAGCAGAUAAAGGAACUGAAAUGCAAGUUACUAAAUGGAGGACCAGUUGAUGACGAAGCCAACAAUGAUAACUAUGCUGCUGUUGAAGAAUUGCUUGGUGUUUCUUUAGAUGGGGACGUAACUCUCGACAACCCAGACGGGAUCAGGAACAAAGGACGCGGCAAACGCCGGCGAUUGUCUAGAGCACCUCAGGAUGGAACGAGCAACUCUGCUGUCAAACCUCCCAAAACACCCAGGCUUUGCCGAACCUGUAUGAAGUACGUGACUGGGCAUGAUUCAAGAAAUUGCAAGAAAAAGAAGAACAAGAAUAAAUCAGGUAACGAGGACGAGGACGAAGACUCAAGCUCUGCGAGCCAGGAGUCCACUUGA